UCUCAACUUUGCGCGCAUUUUUCCUGCUGCUUCUGGUCGAGGCUCCUCGGAACCCCGCGCAGCCCUGCCCGCCACCUGUGUGAGUGCGCGCCCGGGGCCCGCGGCCCGCGGCCUCCUCUGCCUGCUGCGCUCGCCCUCCCGCCCCUGCGCCCGGGACCGCCCCUUGGGCGGUCCUCGGGGUCGGCUCUGCGCCUGCUCUUCCCCGGGUCAGGACCCAUCCUCUAGGUCGUUCUCCAGGAAGCAGUGGACCUGCUCUUUGUAAAUGAGCAGCCUAAACUAAGAGGAGAAGCCUUUUAAGUGGGCCUUUACGUUUUUGUCUAGUUUUUGGUAUCCCUUGUUGGAAAAUUGUCUUCUGAAAAGCGGUUUUAUUCCUUUUUGUUCCACCUGGUCACCCGUAAAUCUGUGCACAUGGGCCUGCCGUAGGAAAGUAAUUUAGACGCUUUUACCCGAGUGUUUAAAAGACAUUUUGGUAAUACGAUUUGGGGAGGAAGAUGGAUGCCUCUGAACCACCGGUACGGAGGCCACUCUGCCCGAAGGAAAUAAAGCUUCCCGGAGAGGAGAGAAAACACACUUGAGUCUGGGUUUCUCACUGCCUGGUUGGCUGGCGGAGAGAUUGAAACAAUACAAUGGCCUGGUGAACCUUUUAGUUCCUGUAUAAAAAGGCUUUACUGAAUGUGUAGAUCCUUACUUUGGGCUCUUACUGAAUUUCACUACAUAAGAAUACGUUGUUUUUCUUUUUUUUUUUUUUGUAUACAGUUGAUUAUAAUUUUUGUCCCAGACGCUUGGGGAAAACUCUCCAGAUUUCUUCACAUCAGAUUGUCUUCCAAAACAUUUUAUAUAGAUAGAUCUGUAGAUCUAUAUUUAGAUCUAGAUCCAAAUCUGUAUCGCUUUGCCCCUUUCUUUUCGCCCUUGAGUAUUUUAUGUUUGGGGUUUCUGUUUAGCAAGUAUAGAGAAAAAAUUUGGCGGGAAACCUCCUGUAUGUACGAAGAUUCGAACCGAGGACUCAUGGAACUCAUGGAAUGAUAACAGCAUUAGCCAAGUGGAUAGUCAUUGGCUAAAGCAUAUGAAUUUUCUAAUUAGAAGGAACACCUUGAGACUAUUUGUGUUAAUCAGUUCCUGAAAUAGCAAACUCCACGUUUUGCAAAGAUCGGUUUUGCCUCAGAGUCAACAAACUCUUCGGAUUGGUUCCAGUGUGUCCUAUGUUUACAAGUCAGUGGAAAUUAAGCACAACACAUACAAAUUGAAAAGUCAAAUAAGGAAAUGAAUUACUUCCCUUGACGGCUCUAAUUUUACUUGGCUAAAGCCAAUUUUUAGGUUGGCUUGGGCAGAAAAGUGAAAAGAGAAUGCUCCACUUUAACCGAUGUCAUCAUCUGAAAAAGAUAACACAGAAAUGUUUUUCUAGUAUACAUGUUAAAACGGAUAAACAUGCACAGCAAUUUCUUUCAAGAACCUUUGCACUUGCGGAAUUGAGGAAGUCAUGGUAUUCAACCCACUCUCUUGUUGGAGACAAAAAUAUUAUCCUGAUGGGACCUCCUGGUGCUGGGAAAACAACAGUAGGCAGAAUAAUAGGUCAGAAACUAGGUUGUUGUGUCAUAGAUGUGGAUGAUGAUAUCCUUGAAAAAACCUGGAAUAUGAGUGUGUCUGAAAAAUUACAGGAUGUUGGUAAUGAGCAAUUUUUAGAAGAGGAAGGAAAAGCUGUGUUAAACUUCUCUGCAUCUGGAAGUGUGAUUUCCCUUACUGGUUCCAAUCCAAUGCAUGAUGCUAGCAUGUGGCAUCUGAAGAAAAAUGGAAUAAUUGUAUACCUGGAUGUACCUCUACUAGAUCUAAUUCAUCGUUUAAAAUUAAUGAAGACGGAUAGGAUUGUAGGUCAGAAUUCUGGAACAUCUGUGAAAGACUUACUUAAAUUUAGAAGACAGUAUUAUAAGAAGUGGUAUGAUGCUCGUGUUUUCUGUGAAAGUGGGGCUUCCCCAGAGGAGGUAGCUGACAAAGUGCUGAAUGCAAUUAAAAGAUACCAAGAUGUGGACUCGGAAACAUUCAUUUCAACAAGACACGUUUGGCCUAAAGAUGGUGAACAGAAGCUUUCAGCAAAAUUCUUUAGUGAAGCUGUAAUUGAGGGGUUGGCUUCUGAUGGUGGACUCUUUGUUCCUGCGAAGGAGUUUCCAAAAUUAAGCUGUGGGGAGUGGAAAAGCCUAGUAGGAGCAACCUACAUAGAAAGAGCACAGAUACUGUUGGAAAGAUGUAUCCAUCCUGCAGACAUACCUGCUGCCAGGUUGGGAGAAAUGAUUGAAACUGCUUAUGGGGAAAACUUUGCCUGCUCAAAAAUUGCUCCUGUCAGGCACCUUUCAGGCAACCAGUUCAUCCUGGAGUUGUUUCAUGGACCAACAGGAUCAUUUAAAGAUUUGUCUUUACAGCUUAUGCCUCAUAUUUUUGCACACUGUAUCCCACCAAGUUGCAAUUAUGUGAUACUUGUAGCUACUUCAGGAGACACAGGGAGUGCAGUCUUAAAUGGUUUUAGUCGUCUUAAUAAGAAUGAUAAGCAAAGGAUAGCUGUGGUCGCAUUUUUUCCUGAGAAUGGAGUAAGUGAUUUUCAAAAAGCACAAAUAAUUGGCAGUCAGAGAGAAAAUGGAUGGGCAGUGGGUGUUGAGUCAGAUUUUGAUUUUUGCCAGACAGCUAUAAAAAGAAUUUUUAACGAUUCUGAUUUUACUGGCUUUCUUACUGUGGAAUAUGGAACAAUCUUAAGUUCGGCUAACUCCAUAAACUGGGGCCGACUACUUCCGCAGGUAGUUUAUCAUGCUUCCGCAUAUCUUGAUCUUAUUAGUCAAGGAUUUAUUUCUUUUGGAAGCCCAGUCGAUGUCUGUAUUCCCACAGGAAACUUUGGUAACAUUUUAGCAGCAGUGUAUGCCAAAAUGAUGGGAAUCCCGAUUCGAAAAUUUAUCUGUGCCUCUAAUCAGAACCAUGUUUUGACUGAUUUUAUAAAAACAGGACAUUAUGAUCUAAGGGAAAGAAAAUUAGCACAAACCUUUUCACCGUCGAUAGAUAUUCUCAAAUCUUCAAACCUAGAACGACAUUUACACUUGAUGGCUAAUAAAGAUGGACAACUAAUGACAGAAUUAUUUAAUCGAUUAGAAAGUCAGCAUCACUUCCAGAUAGAAAAGGCUCUAGUUGAGAAACUUCAGCAGGAUUUUAUAGCUGACUGGUGCUCUGAGGGAGAGUGCCUAGCAGCUAUUAACUCCACCUAUAAUACUUCAGGGUAUAUUUUGGAUCCACACACUGCUGUUGCAAAAGUGGUUGCGGAUAGGGUGCAAGACAAAACUUGCCCUUUGAUUAUCUCAUCUACAGCCCAUUACUCAAAGUUUGCACCUGCUAUCAUGCAGGCUUUAAAGAUUAAAGAAAUCAAUGAGACUUCAUCAAGUCAGCUCUAUUUACUGGGUUCAUACAAUGCAUUACCUCCACUGCAUGAGGCUUUAUUAGAGAGAACAAAACAGCAAGAGAAGAUGGAGUACCAGGUCUGUGCAGCUGAUGUGAAUGUCUUGAAGAGUCAUGUGGAAAAACUUAUCCAAAAUCAAUUCAUAUGAAAGCUUUCAGAGUAAAUUUUCUUUUCUAGCUAUAAGCAUGCAAUAAUAAACCUCAAACACUGGUUUGGA